UGGCACUCUCUCCUUUUCUCAGCCCAUCUUCUCCGCCCAACACCACACACCCCACCCCACACACCACCACCCAGCACGCGAACACACCCCUAUCUCUCUCGGCCCACCUACAACCCCUGACAGGACAGAAGCAGCCAGUGCACACUCCUCCACUCUGUGUACCAUGACUCGCUGCGCUGCCCCUUGCUGCAAUGCUCCGAAGAAAAAGUCGAAGAUUGCCAUCAUCGGCAGCGGCGCCUCUGGCCUGACCGUGAUGAAGGAGCUCACGGCCCUCGGACACAAGGUGGUUUGCUACGAGGUCCUGCCGGUUAUCGGCGGAGUGUACGCGAAGUCUUACGACCACACUACCCUCACCACCAGCAGCUGUCUGACCGCGUACUCGGACUACAGCGACGGCCUCGAGCACCGCCCCAAGUUCUGGAGCGAUACGGAGUACCUGGCCUACCUCGAUGGCUUCGCCCAGAAGUUCAACCUCCGCCAGUACAUCAACUUCAGGACGAGGGUGGAGAAGCUGCAGCGCUGCCCCAAGAGCGGCACUUGGAAGGUUUCCUUCAAGAGGAACCGCUACUCGCCCCCCCACCGCGCGUACCCGGACGUCGAGCCGGAGGACCCCGACCAACCGAUGGAAGCCGAGGACGGUUUCGACGGCGUCUGCAUCUGCACCGGCACCAACACGUGGGCAAGCUUGCCUUGCUUCAAGGGCCAGGAGACGUUCGAGGGAGAGAUCAUGCACUCGGAGAAGUACCGCUCCGCGGAGGAGUUCGCCGGUAAGCGCGUUCUGGUGGUGGGGUCCGGGGAGUCGGGGUCGGACAUCUGUAACGAGAUCAGCAAGUUCGCCUCCUCGACGGGCCUGGCGAUCCGCGGCAAGCACGGUCACCUCAUCCCCCGCAAGCAGGCGGACGGGCGGGUGACGGACCUCAACACCAACCGGUGCCGCUACUCGAACCCCUACGUCCUGGGCGACUGGGUCGGCUACGUGAACCAGCUGGCGAAGCGCUUCGUGGCGUCGAUGGGACCGGCAGACGAGGACUCUAAGAUCCUCAAGAAGAUCGCGGAGCUUAACCUGGGGCAGUGCACCUCCGCCUUCAGCAAGUUCGGCUGUAAGAACGCCGGGUUUGUGGAGGCGAUGGUACUACGGGGCACGUCGCUCCACAGGGGCGGCUUCGAGCUUGUCGGCAACAAGGCGGUGUUCGGAGAUGGGUCGACCUUCGAGUGCGAUGUGAUCGUGGCGUGCACGGGGUACAAGAACACCUUCCCCUUCGCCGAGGAGACCCACCCGGACAUCAACGAGUACGGGCAAAACCCACGCCUCCUCUACAAGCAGAUUUUCCACCCCAACUACGGCGGCGAGGUGGCCUACUUCGGCUUCGCGCGGCCGGCGUUCGGGUCCAUCCCGCCGACCUCGGAGAUGCAGUCGCGGUUCUACUCCAUGGUCGUGAACGGGGACCUAGACCUUCCCUGCAAGGCCAAGAUGGAGAAGGUCGCGCUAGAGGACAAGGCUCAGUACGACUGGCGUUUCGGGUACGACGCGAAGCGCGUGAAGGGGCUGGUGGACUUCCAGAUCUACACCGAUGACCUGGCCAAGGAGAUGGGCGUGCUGCCCCCCCUCAUGAAGAUCUUUUUCCAGAAGCCCAAGCUGUGGAUGUCCAUCAUGUUUGGCCCCUUCACGAUGCACCAGUACCGAUUGCAGGGGCCGUACGCUAACCCGAAGGUAGCGGCGGAGGUGUACGCGAGACAGCCCAAGGGCGACUUCCUUGAGUGCUCCAUCACGGCCGCCUUCCUCGGCGCUUCGAAGAUCUUGAGCAUGCUGGGGUUCAAGCAAUUCAAGCCGAACAACUUUUAACCUCAGCCGCGGUGCGGUGCAACAUCCACGAGUCGAGAGCCGAGCCAUCCCACCCAACUCGUCGCAAGUAACCUCUUGAUGAAUCGAAGGCGAUCGUUGUCGAGAGCUGUUGCACGGCCCAGAGAGGAACCGGCCAGAUUCAGAUUGCGUUCCUUGGUCUGGACUGACCCACCCGAAGAUGUGGUCGUCGUAGUGGUUACUGUACAUGGGGUGCGGUACAGGUGUACACACCCCGAGUUUUGGUUUCUUGGAAAGUCUCUCUCGAGUGCUGGGCGAACGGGUGUUGAGCCUCUCGCGCUUGGACACGCACAGGCCUAACCUCCUUAAACACUGAAGCGUGCAGAGUGAUGCGCUCUCUUGGCGAGAGACUUCGGGUCGCGCUCUUGCUUUCCCUCCCCGCCGUCGGUCUGCCUCAGACUCGUGGUCGGGAACAUGAAUUUAGUGCUAUACACUCGUGUGUUUGCUGUCGUAAACCGUUCCAUGUUGAAUUUGUGGGCAUGUAUAAUCUCGCUUCGGGAGGGAAGUUACGUCUUUCUUUCGCAAAAACCACGUCUUUUUUGUGACAGGAGGAAUUUCGUUCUCGAUGGGAACCACUUGUACGGUACGCUAUUCGUCCCGCCGCUCCUUUUCUGGAGUUCCGUUUCAGAGAUCACAGCAGUGGGUUCUUCAAUUAAUUUAGCGGCGACUGUUGAACCGCUGCUGUAGUUCUUUCUUUUUUUAUUUUGUUGUAUGGCAGUGGGCGGAAGGCGUGUGUGUUCCGGGGUAGGUUGUGGUGUCAUGGUGUUGCUUUUGGAAGAAGUGAUUUUGUUCGUCUUCUCCCCUGUUUUUCGAUAUUUGUUCAUUCAGUGUACCCUUCCUGACGUUGAGCUCAACCAGGGCGGAGGGUCUUUUCACGACCACCUUUUUUUGUGACGCUUUUUUUUUUUCUUGUGUAAAUUUUCAUUCCAGAUCUUUUUGAGUGAAUGAUGUUUUUCAGUGCAGAAUGACAUAUCCUGUAUUUACUACUGUGACUGCUUCAUAGGCCGGGCGCGAAGAUCUCUAGCCUCGAGCCGCAUUCACAAAACCCUGGCAAGAACUUCGAAGCAUAACCGAGCGAGUUCGCUCUGGUCGACUGUGUUUUGUAUCCAGGUAUACGGUAGCUUGAAUACACAUCUAUUCCAAACCUCUUGAUGGCGACUGACUAGGGCCGGGCACAUGCCAGAUCCACCGAUGGAUGUUGGCC